CUCAUGAUGUCAUAAUAGCCCAGCCAUAACAAAAUGAUUAAGGCCCACUACUAAAUCACAUAAGACUAAAGUUGGUCUGUUUUAUUAACCUUCAUACUAAAGUCUACUCAUUAAUUUUAAACAGUGAUCUUGUAGUGAUAUUUACUUAAGUUUUUCAGUGUAUGAAUCAGUAAAAAUAUUGUUCAAAGUUUAAACUAAGCAUUGUAUCAUAGUGUUUGAGUGCAACUAAUAGAAUAAAAGGAACACAGCUGUAGUCAUCAUUAUUAUGUCUUAUUGAAUGAUACUACAACUGGUCAGGAGACUUCACAUUAGUCCCGGUUGCCGCGCCGCUGAGUCCUCACUGCUGGCUAAGUUGAGGAAGAAGACUGGCUACACUAUAGCUAACUGCAAAAAGGCACUCGAAAUGAAUAACAAUGAUUCUGAUAAGGCAGAAGCAUGGUUGAACGAACAAGCUCAAGCCAUGGGCUGGGCCAAAGCCACUAAGCUGGCCGGGCGAAAGGCUCUCCAAGGUCUCGUGGCUGUGAAGUACGAUAAGAGCCAUGGGGCUCUGGUAGAACUCAACUGUGAGACAGACUUUGUGGCUAAAAAUGACAAGUUCCAAAAGGUUCUGGAAGAUGCAACAUUGGCAUGUUACAAGUUUGCACAUACUCACUUGCAAUCCAAGGGACAUAUCACAAAGUUGGAGUUAGACAGUGAGCAACUUGGAAACUUAUCAGCUGAAGGAGGCAAAAAGAUGUCAGAAGUACUGGCGCUGUUUAUUGGAUCUGUCGGGGAAAACGCCAUCCUACGACGAGCAGAGUGCUGGAAAGCGAAUAGCAAAGACGUAAAAAUUACUGCCUACACCCACCCAGCACCGGCUACACCCAGCGAUUAUUCUACGGGUAAAUAUGGAGCUCUAUUGGCUUACAAACAACCCAAUGACAUAGAAGAUGUUGGUAAACAGAUAUGCCAACAUAUUGUCGGAUGUGCGCCGAGAAAAAUAGGUGACAAAGAAAAAGACAAACCAGCCAAGAACUCUGAUGAUGAGACCUGUCUCAUAUUCCAGGAGUAUUUGUUAGACCCUUCCUAUACAGUUGAUGAAGUUCUACAGAGUAAUAAAGUUGAAGUUCUAGAUUACGUAAGGUUCUCAUGCGGUGAAGUACCAGAAGCUGAAAUGCCAGGUGUUGAGAAACAGCCAUUAGACACAGUUCAGACCCUUCAGUAAUAGUUAUUGUUAGAGGCAAAUCAUUUGACUUAUCAGCUGUAAUAGAAAUGAAGUUAAUAGGUAAUAAAUUUAUUUGUCGAACAA